UGCAGUAAUAACCCCCAGCAUUGGUAUCAGUGGGUGCACAUUAGUGACAUUAGGUGCAGUCAGGAGCGGACUGACAACUCAUGGGGCCCCCGGGCAAUAGGGGAUCAUGGGGCCCCUGUGUCCUUGCCCAAACUCAAAAAAGCCUAUGAAAAAGGUACCAGGGGCAUUUCAUUGGGCCCCCUACUGACCCCGGGCCUUUGGGCAGUGCCCGAGUUUCCAAAUGGUCAGUCCGCCCCUGGGUGCAGUAUUAACCACCAG